AUGAUCGUGGAUGAGGCAAGCCUGGGUGGACACCCGGAAGCUUCCUUCUUGAUGAUGUGCCCGGCCAUGUGCGACCAGAAGAUGCUGAGCUGCAACCGGUCGCCACAUGAGGAGAUGGGAGGAGAGAACUGGACACGGUAUAAGGGCCACUUGGUGGCAAUGUUCCGGGAUCCACGUCAGCGCAUCUGCUCCUCGUACUACGACCCCGAGUUUGACUUUGUGGGGGAUGUAACCGCCGAAGCUACUCCUUUCUGGAGAUUGAGAGCUAAAGGUGCAAACGGGGUACCGCUGCCACACAGGAUGAGCCUGCAGGAGUACGCUCCCCAGAGAUUCGGGGAUGCCACCAAGCAGCUGACCAGGUUCGGCUCUUCUCUCGUUAUCCAGGGUGGCGAGCCGGCCACAGCAGAGGAGUCCCGCCUCGCCACAGCCCGCGUCCGCGAGGGCUUUGCUUUCGUUGGAAUCACAGAGGAGUGGAGCCUCUCCGUGUGCUUGUUUCGUCGCAUGUUUGGCGGGCAAUGCAUGCCCAGCGACUUUGAGGACAUGCGUCCCCACAGCCCGGGAGAGACUGCCGCAGUAAUCUACGAGGACGCAGACACCAUCGCAGAUCCUUACGACAUGCCAGUCUAUGAGGAGGCUGUUCGAGUAUUCAAGGAGAACCUGGUCAAGUACGACGUUUCUGAGGAGACGUGCAAGGCCUGCUUUGCUGCCAAGAGGUGA